CGCCCCAGCCCCGCCUCACGGCGAGGUCGCGGCGUGCUCGCGCCCGCAGACGCCGGGGAACUGCGGCGGCGGGCUCGCGCUCCCGGUCGGGCCCUGUAGACGGGCUUCCCCUGCCUGCCCUGCAAUGUCUCGGCGGAAGGCUGCAUCGGGCAGUCUUCCUGCAGCCGGCCCAGCCCCUGGGAGGCAAGCAGUUUUGAGCCGAUUCUUUCACUCAACGGGAAGCCUGAAAUCCACUUCUCCCACGGAAGCCGCCGAGAAGACAGAUCCUGGCUCCGCAGCGCCCUCUGCGUCCACUGCCCUGCUUCAGUUGCCGCCGCUGGUGCCUGCAGAAAUUAACAGAGGAAAAAAAAGACCACUGGAGAAAGAUGGGCCUGUUAAAAAGAAAGCAAAGAAAGUCCAAGAAAAGGAAGAAAGAAGUGACUUGGUAAUGUCUGAGCCAAAGAAAUGUCUGAGGACCAGGACUGUCUUAAAGUCUCUGGAAAAAUUGAAAGAAUUCUGCUGUGAUUCUGCUGUCCCUCAAAAUAGAGUUCAGAUAACACCUCUUCAAGAGAGGUUUGCAGUUCUACCAAAAUGUACUGAUUUUGAGGAUAUCAGUCUCCAGCGUGCAAAGAAUGCAGUUUCUUCUGAAGAUUAUAAAUCCGAAGUAAAUCAGAAGGACGGUCAGUUUGGACUAUCACGAAGGAGUCGUGAAAACUUACAGGAAACUUUUGAUUCUAAACCAUCUAAUAAACGAUCAAAAAGCAUCUACACACCAUUAGAGUUACAAUAUAUAGAAGUGAAGCAGCAGCAUAAAGAUGCAAUUUUGUGUGUGGAAUGUGGAUAUAAGUAUAGAUUCUUUGGGGAAGAUGCAGAGAUUGCUGCCCGGGAACUGAAUAUUUAUUGCCAUUUAGAUCACAACUUCAUGACAGCAAGUAUACCAACUCACAGAUUAUUUGUUCAUGUACGCCGUCUUGUGGCCAAAGGAUAUAAGGUGGGAGUUGUGAAGCAAACUGAAACUGCAGCAUUGAAGGCCAUUGGAGACAACAGAAGUUCAGUCUUUUCCCGGAAACUGACUGCUCUUUAUACAAAAUCCACACUCAUUGGAGAAGAUGUGAAUCCUCUAAUCAAGCUGGAUGAUUCUGUAAAUGUUGAUGAGAUCCUGACUGAUACUUCUGCCAGCUACCUUCUUUGUAUCUAUGAAAACAAGGAAAACAUUAAGGACAAAAAAAUGGGGAACAUUUUCUUUGGCAUUGUUGGAGUGCAACCAGCCACAGGUGAGGUUGUGUUUGAUAGUUUCCAGGACUCUGCUUCCCGUUCAGAGCUGGAGACUCGGAUAACAAGCCUGCAGCCCGUGGAGCUGCUACUUCCAUCAGAUUUGUCAGAGCAAACAGAGAUGCUCAUCCACAGGGUCACUGCUAUUAGCAUGUGGGAUGACAGAAUUCGAGUAGAAAGGAUGGAUAAGGCUUAUUUUGAAUACAGCCAUGCUUUCCAGGCAGUUACAGAGUUUUAUUCAAAAGAUGUAGUCCACAUCAAAGAUUCUCAAGGUUUUUCUGGCAUCAUUAACUUGGAUAAGCCUGUGAUUUGCUCUUUGGCUGCCAUAAUAAGAUACCUCAAAGAAUUUAACUUGGAAAAAAUGCUCUCUACACCUGAGAAUUUUAAACAGCUAUCAAGGGAAAUGGAAUUUAUGACAAUUAAUGGAACAACAUUAAGGAAUCUGGAAAUCCUACAGAAUCAGACUGAUAUGAAGACCAAAGGAAGCUUACUUUGGGUUUUAGACCAUACAAAAACUUCAUUUGGGAGACGGAAAUUAAAGAAGUGGGUGACCCAGCCACUUCUUAAAUUAAGGGAAAUAAAUGCCCGACUUGAUGCUGUAUCUGAAAUUCUCCAUUCAGAAUCUAGUGUGUUUGGUCAAAUAGAAAACCAUCUAUAUAAAUUGCCUGACAUAGAAAGAGGACUCUGUAGCAUUUACCACAAAAAAUGUUCUACCCAAGAGUUCUUCUUGAUUGUGAAGACCCUGUAUCACCUGCAGUCAGAAUUUCAAGCAUUAAUGCCUGCCGUUAAUUCUCAUGUUCAGUCAACCUUGCUGCAGACAAUUAUUUUAGAAAUUCCUGAACUCCUCAGUCCAGUGGAGCAUUACUUAAAAAUACUUAAUGAACAAGCUGCCAAAAUUGGGAAUAAAACUGAAUUAUUCAAAGACCUUUCUAACUUCCCUUUAAUAAAAAAGAGGAAGGAUGAAAUUCAAGAAGUUACUGACAAGAUCCAAGUACAUUUGCAAGAAAUACGAAAAAUAUUAAAAAAUCCUUCUGCACAGUAUGUGACAGUAUCAGGACAGGAGUUUAUGAUUGAAAUAAAGAACUCUGCCAUAUCUUGUAUACCAACUGAUUGGGUUAAGGUUGGAAGCACAAAGGCUGUGAGCCGCUUUCACUCUCCUUUUAUUGUAGAAAAUUACAGACAUCUGAAUCAGCUCCGGGAGCAGCUAGUCCUUGACUGCAACACUGAAUGGCUUGAUUUUCUAGAGAAUUUCAGUAAACAUUAUCACUCUUUGUGUAAAGCAGUGGAUCACCUAGCAACCAUUGACUGUAUUUUCUCCCUGGCCAAGGUCGCAAAGCAAGGAGAUUACUGCCGGCCAACUCUACAAGAAGAAAAGAGAAUCAUUAUAAAAAAUGGAAGGCAUCCUGUGAUUGACGUGUUGCUGGGAGAACAGGAUCAGUAUGUUCCCAAUAGUACAAAUUUAUCAGAGGACUCAGAAAGAGUAAUGAUAAUUACUGGACCAAACAUGGGUGGAAAGAGCUCCUACAUAAAACAGGUUGCAUUGAUCACUAUCAUGGCUCAGAUUGGCUCCUAUGUUCCUGCAGAGGAAGCAACAAUUGGGAUUGUGGAUGGCAUUUUUACAAGGAUGGGUGCUGCAGACAAUAUAUAUAAAGGACGGAGUACAUUUAUGGAAGAAUUGAUUGACACAGCAGAAAUAAUCAGAAAAGCAACAUCACAGUCCUUGGUUAUCUUGGAUGAACUGGGAAGAGGGACAAGUACCCAUGAUGGAAUUGCCAUUGCUUAUGCCACCCUUGAGUAUUUUAUUAGAGAUGUGAAAUCCUUAACCCUGUUUGUCACCCAUUAUCCACCAGUUUGUGAACUAGAAAAAAGUUAUGCACAACAGGUGGGGAAUUACCACAUGGGAUUCUUGGUCAGUGAGGAUGAAAGCAAACAAGAUCCAGGUGAAGAAGAACAAAUGCCUGAUUUUGUCACUUUUCUUUAUCAAAUAACCAGAGGAAUAGCAGCAAGGAGUUAUGGACUGAAUGUGGCUAAACUAGCAGAUGUUCCUGGAGAAAUUUUAAAGAAAGCAGCUUAUAAGUCAAAAGAACUUGAAGGAUUAGUAAAUGUGAAAAGGAAAAGGCUAAAGUAUUUUGCAAAAUUAUGGACGACGCAUAAUGCAAAAGACCUGCAACAGUGGACAGAUGAGUUUGAAAUGGAUGAAAUACAGACCUCUCUUCCUGAUUAAAAUGAAGACUACUUUUUGAACAAAAAAGAAGAAUUAAAAAUACCAACUAUACAAAAUAACUUUCCAGUAACAGCUCAUCUUUGUGUGACAUAUAAGCAUAGAAUCAUGACCAUGGCAUAUUCCCUUGGGAAGCAGACUUCUUCCUCUUGUAAAGAAGGUGUUUUUCAGGUUUCUGUCCCACUGCAUCUUCGAAGGAGAAACACUUUUUAAUAUUAAGGCUUCCAAAUGUAAUUAGAAAAUUCCCUGAAAAUUGAAGUUUCACAUAAAAUCAAAACCUUCCAAAUAAAGCCUACAGUGGUUGAACUCAAUACAUGAACAUUUGGGGAGUGAUAUAAAAUUUUAAUUCAUAUUUUUAGUUGUUUAAUUUCAGACAGUUGGCAACAGUGUAAAUCAGGAAUCUACCAUUCUAUUUGAACUAAAAUAACUUUAUAAUACUACCAGUUUAUUCACCAUGAACUUAAGAAGUUUUGAUAAGAAACAGAACUACUAAGCUUUUAGAAACUAGUGCACAGAGCACAGGAAGUAUAAGAACAUAUGAAAUUUAAAGAGUUAAACGUAGUUUUAACAUUGUUGGAUGAAAUUAUUUUGUCAUUGAUUCAAGUAAUAAAUGUUUAAUGAAUACUUGUUAUA